UCGUUGGGUGUUGGGAUUUUUUGGUUUGUAAGCAAAGCGGUUGCAGCUAGGAGCCCACGGGGUGGGGCUGUGCUGUGGGAACUUGUUUAGCCAAUAGCCUUUAAGAUACUGGCCCACUUUGGGCGUGGUCACAUGUGCUAUAUACACAAUAUGUAAAAACGUGUGCCGGCCCCUUGGCUGCUCGAUUCGGUUCCAGUGUCUCCCCACGCUGAGGACUGCUGAUCUAGGCAAACGCCCACGUGGAUGAGAGGACUGGUUUCUAGUUGGUGGCUUCUGAAAAGGGUACACAUUCUGCAGUCACUUCUUUCAUGUAGAGUGGCCAAGUGCAGGUGUGUCCAAUAUUUAUACCUUCUCUUGCCUCCAGGAGUUGCACGCCAUGGUCCCUUUUACCUUGCUCAUGUACUCAAUAGCUGUAAUUGCUCGAUUUGGUUGUCUUUAUUCCCACAGACCCAAUAUCAAGGCAUGCUUGUUGCCUACUUCUGUCUUUGGCCAGCUAUAACGAGGUGUGCUUUUUACUUGCUUCUGGUUUUGGUGGUCAUGCCCAGGUUCCAUCUUGCUUGGGGGAGGCUGGGCUGUGCAGAUGCCCAGCGGGUGGUUUCUAACCUGGUUUGGCCCAGUGAGGACUGGAGAGCAGUCAGAAUGAGUGGACCUCACAGCCUCUUCCUCUGCCUCAGGUGUCUUCUCAGGAGGAGCCACAGAGGGAGAAUGGCCAAGAGGUUGCUGCCAGCCCCGGUUCAGGUGGGUAAAGGCCACUUCUUUUUGAGCUGCCUUCGGUCUGCAGAAGAGGCGGGUUUAUUUCAUCCUUUCUUGAGCUUCUCUGGGCUCAAAGAGGAACAGAAACUGCUGAAAGGUGAGGUCGAAACUCAAAAAGGGCGAUUCCUCCUGUCUCAGGAAUCAGUUACAUGGCCACUGACCAGAAGUUAACUGGCAUCCCUCACCCCCACUUACUGAGCAGAUAUCAGACUGUCAGGCUCUUAGACAGUCCCUGGGUUCUUGCAUUCUCCUGAAGAAGAUUUCAGCAAGACAUAUAGAGCGAGUAAGGUGUUCUUAGAGCAGGAACUUACUCGUACAUGCAGAGUAGCUGCCAAGAGAUGGGUUCAGCCCUAGGGUGUUAGCUACAAUUCUUAAUAUCUUUUUCCAGUGAACACUUUUGAUUAGUGGAAACCUUAUCCCCCCUUGCCUCCCCAGUGUAUGUUAACUGCUUGAGGUCCUGUGACCUGAUUGUCAGAUCAGACUAGCCUUAUUCUCACUUGCCUCUUCAAUGCUCACCGGCUUCGAUAAUUUUUGGCCAUAAAGCUAAAAUUAAGCAAUAGAGCUGUUGUUCCCACCCCAGCCCCUACCUUCAUACUCAUAUUUAACGUCUGCCUGAUGCCUAGAAGUGAUUCUGUGCUACAUCCAAAGGAACAGUAGGACAAGGUGACAGGGCAGGAAUGCAGGAGCAGAGCUCAGAAACCGGUAGGUUCAAGUUUGUUUAUUUAGACUUAGAGUCCCUGAUGAUGGGUGCAAGCCACUCCUUUGGUGCCUGAUUGGCUGAACUUGUAAGAAACCCAGAAAUGUUUUGCUUUCCUGAGUUGAGAGUGACAAAUGACUUAGCCAUUAAGAACAUUCACAAACUGUCUGGGAAGAUGGCUCCAUUAGUAACCUACCUGCCACACGAGUCUGAGGACCUAAGUUCGAUUCAAUGCAUCGACCACAAGCAAAAAAGCCAGGAGCAAUGGCAUGUUGCUUGUCACCCCAGCCCUGGAGAAGCAGGUGGAUCCCUGGGGCUCGUGGGCCGAAUGGCCUAGUGAGUCAGCAAGGUCUAGGCCAGUUAGAGACCCUGUCUCAAAACCAAGAUGGAUAGCAUACUGAGGAGCUUGACACCUGAGGUUGACUUCUGGUACACACACACACACACACAGUCACAUACAUCUGAAAAGGACAGAGGUUUGGAAAAGGAGUAGGAGCUGGGGAUAUUGUUUAUAGAUGGAGUACUUGCCUGGCCUACUCAAGACUCUAGGUUCGAUUCUCAGUGCUGCAAAGAAGCAGAAGUGGCGGCACUGUCCCUUCUUUCAUUUCCAGCACUCAUAUUUCACUUACUUUUGCCCUUUCAGAGCAGGAAAGAUGCUAAGCUUCGUGAGCAGCUUGGGGUCGUGGAGAUGUGCCUUUGGCUUGGUGAAGAAGUUCCACUGUAGAAGUGCCUCGGGGUUGUGCGCAGAUGCCCCACCCACGAUAUGAGCCUGUGACGUUCAGGGAUGUGGCCGUGUUCUUCAGCCAGGAUGAGUGGUUGCAUCUGGACUCUGCACAGAGAACCUUGUACCGGGAGGUGAUGCUGGAGAACUACAGCAACCUGGCCUCCCUAGGGAUCCAGCUUUCAAUACCUUGGGUGAUUGGCAAACUGCAGAAAGGACAAGAUCCCUGCAUGGCCAAAAAAGAUCGCAAAGACACCUGCCGAGAUUUCCAGAUUUGGCCAGAGUUAGAAACAUUGCUUCCCAAACAAGAUAUUUUUAUUGAAGAAGCAUCUCAUGGACUAAUAAACCAUGAAUCCACUGAGGGUGCUCACUGGAAAACCAACUUUGGAAAAGUUGUGAAAUCUGAGAGCCUAACAACACAGGAGCAAGAAAAGAAAGUUCAUGAGCAGGGGGCAGCAUCACCCAAGGAAACUGUCAGUGAAGAUGGAAAUCCCACAGACCCUGAGCUGGGGAAACCCUUGCUUACAGAUAAAGCACUUGUCUCACAAGAGAGUAAUCCCCUAGAAAGGGAACCCGAUAUGUAUCACACUCUAGAGAAGGAUUUACCACAGGAUUUUGAUUUAAUGAGAAGCUUCCAGGUUUACCCAGGACAAAAACCUUAUGCCUGCAAUGAAUGUGGGAAGAGGUUUACCCAAAGUCUUCAUCUUCUUGAGCACAAGAGGCUUCAUACUGGGGAGAAACCUUACAAGUGCAGUGAGUGUGGGAAAAACUUCAGCCAUAGAUCUUCCCUCCUGGCUCACCAGCGAACCCACACUGGAGAGAAGCCAUACAAGUGUAGUGAGUGUGAGAAAGCAUUCGGCAGCAGUUCCACACUCAUUAAACACUUGAGGGUGCACACUGGAGAGAAACCUUACCGUUGCCGGGAAUGUGGGAAGGCCUUCAGCCAGUGUUCAACCCUCACUGUGCACCAGAGGAUUCACACCGGGGAGAAGCUCUACAAAUGUGCCGAGUGUGACAAGGCCUUUAAUUGCAGAGCAAAGCUUCACAGACAUCAGAGAAUCCACACAGGGGAGAAACCCUAUAAAUGUGCUGAGUGCGGAAAAGGCUACAGUCAGUUCCCAUCCCUAGCUGAACAUCAGAGACUCCAUACUGGAGAAGAGCUUUGCCAGUGCUUACAGUGUGGGAGAACCUUUACACGUGUCUCCACCCUUAUUGAACAUCAGAGAAUUCAUACUGGACAGAAACCAUAUCAGUGCAAUGAAUGUGGGAAGACCUUCAACCAGUAUUCAUCCUUCAAUGAGCAUCGCAAGAUCCAUACUGGGGAGAAGCUGUACACAUGUGAAGAAUGCGGGAAAGCCUUUGGCUGUAAAUCCAACCUUUAUCGACAUCAGAGGAUCCAUACUGGAGAGAAGCCCUAUCAGUGUAAUCAGUGUGGAAAGGCCUUCAGCCAGUAUUCGUUCCUCACUGAACACGAGCGGAUCCAUACUGGAGAGAAGCUCUACAAGUGUAUGGAGUGUGGGAAAGCCUACAGCUAUAGGUCAAACCUCUGUAGACACAAAAAAGUCCACCUGAAGGAAAGGCUCUACAAAUGGAAGGAAUACGGGACACCUUUCAUCUAUGGCUCGUCCCUCACUCCAUAUCAGAAAUUUCUGAGAGGAGACAAGCCUGAGAACUUUAAUUCAUCCCUCUAAUCCAAGACAGCAACCAGAAGAGUAGUAACUAGAAUACAAAUCAAAAUGGAUUUCAUCUUUUUUACUUCUGCAACAAAUAGUUACUACUAAGUCAUGGACAAUUAACAGUAAAAAUACAAAGGAUGCUGAUGUCAACCAUUUAAGAACUACUACAAAAAGAUUUUUUAAAUCUGUCAUUUUUUUAAUUCAUACAAAAAGUUUGAAAGGCCUCAUUUAAAAAACAUGACACAUGAGUAAGUUGCUUAUGUAUAAGCAUUGUUUCAUGAGAUAGUCAUCUCUUUUUAAGAACUUCCAUGUAUGAAUUUUCUUUUCAAGAAAUAUUUCUCUGAAAUAGUUGGUAAUGUGAAGAAUUAUGAGGCCUCAGUCCCUAAAGUGGUGAGCUGGGAUAGGGAGACCUCCUUUUCAUAAAGAACCACUACAGAGGAAGAGAAUAAUUGUGUAUCAACAAGGAAGCUUUUAUGAAGUGCCCCUUUUACAACAUAUGUGUGUAUGUGUAUGUAUGCAUAUAUAUUCAUAUAUACACACACAUGACUUAUGUGUAUAUGGUCAUGUCACUUAACUGGGGAUACAGUUUGAAAGUGCUUCAUAGGCAGUUUCAUGUUUAUAGGAACAUCAUUGCACUUGCACAACCCUAGAUGGUCUGGGUCAGCCAAUCAAUGUGCUCUCUUAAGGUGAUAAGCAUACCAUACUUUUAAAAGAUUGUCUUUUGAGAUUAUAAUUUAAUUACAACUUUUCUCCUUUCCCUUUCUCCCUCCAAACCCUCUUAAUCCCUCCCUGCUCUCCUUCAAAUUUAUGGCCUCUUUUUUUUUAACUAAUUGUUAUGCAUGCAUGUAUCUAUACUUUUUAUAGUAAUUUUCUAUUGGUUUGCUUGUUUAUUUUAGAUAGGGUCUCACUAUGUAGCCUAGGAUGGCCUUGAGCUCAUUAUGUAGCCCAGAUGGCUUUGAAUUUGCAGUCUUAUUGCCUCAUCCUCCCACAUCUUGGGAUUACAGUUAUGAGCCAUCAUGCUUGGUGUAAAUGUUGUUGGUAGGAUGUGUAUAAAAGUAUAGUAUAGGAAAUGAGUAAACUAGUAAUGUAGUUUGUCACCUUCAUCAUGUGUCAUGUACUGUACAUAGUUGUAUAUGCUGCAGUGUUAUCUGGCUGCCAGCACAGCGGGUUUGUUUGCACAAGUGAGUAUUGCAUUGUGCCUAAGGUGUUAUAAUGGUUAUAAGGUCAUGGCAGCUCUGAUGUCAUUAGGCAAGUGGGAAUUUUCCAGGCCAGUUAUAGUCUGAUGAGACCACUCUGAUACAUGUUGUCUAUCAUUGACCAAAGCAUCAUCAUAGGCAAAUGGCCACAUGUAUAUACUCACACAUACAUGUGUUCAUGUGUAUGCUAAUGUAUAAGCAUAUACACGCAAAGAGUUUAGGAAUUUUUUUUCUCCAUAGUCCGUAAUGAUUAAAAAUAGUCAGUUUACUAAUUUAGAAUUUUACUUUUUUAAAUUAAAUGUUUCUCCCAAGGGGAACUUUCUUUUGCUCUCCUGUAUUUGUAGUGGAUCUGGUUCUGUAUAGCUGAACAGAGGCUUAGGACUGUAGAAGUUGGCCUGAGCAGACACAGGCGGGAAGACUGUCGUCCAAACAGUAUGUUAUGUGUUGUAGAGGCCAGUGUUGACAGAGUCUUGCUAUGAAUCUGUUAGCAUUUUAGGACCAGGAGGGGUUUUAAUUUAUAGCCUUUCAAGAACCGAGGUCUUCAGCUCUGAUAAUCUAUGAUAGUCACAGGUUCAUUUCUGUCCUCAAGGCUCAAGAAGACUGUUUGUUUUGUAACCUGUUCAAAUGUUAUUGCUAGUAAUGUGAUGUAAUCAUUUAUCUUUAGAGUUUCCUCUAGCUUUGGUCUUAGUAGUGGAAUUGAGAACACACCUCCUUUUCUUCUGUCUCUGAUUAUACCUGCUUCUAUAAUAACGACUUAAAUUCUAAAAGCAAACGAAGGUCCAGAAGGAGGUAUUGCUUUGGUAUGCUUCUAUGUAAGGCUGUCUUUUUAUUAUACAACUUCUAAUACUUUUUUCUUUGUAGUGCUGACAACUGAAUCCAGGGCCUUAUACAUACUCAGAAGGUGUUCUACCACUGAGCUAUAUCUCCAGCCCUUAGGAUUUAAGUAUAAAGUUAUAGAUGAAUAUUUUAUGUUAAACUAUCUACUCAUCACUUUUAAUAUUUUAUAUCGCCCCUAGUCCUAGUUCCUUACUGCAUUGGUUUGUCAUUUUAGAAAUUGCCCUAAGAGCAUUAAUUAGACCCUCUGUCUGAGGAAAGAAUUAGAAUGAAACAGGCAUUCAGCACAUGUUUCUUGAUUGACUUCUUUUGGCUCAUCAGAGUAGUUUUAUGUCUUUAAGUGUGUUUGUAAGAAAAAUAAGGCUCCAGAUGAACCUUGGAAUUUCUUCCGUCCCCAGUGGCCAUGAGCAUGCUCAGUGCCCACUUUUUGGUUUGCAAAUGCCAUUCACCAUCAAAAGGAUUCAAGACUCCUUGAAGAAAUGGCUGGUUGCAUGUUUGGUACAGGGGGAAUACAAAUGCACCUACAGUAUAUCCUUAUGAUAAAGCAUCAUUUUAGAAUUACUGACUUGAAGAUGCAUCCUUUGGUCAAACUUAGGAUGCUUCACGCAUCAAAAACAAAACAAAACAGAAUUGGAUGUAAUAUUUUCAAAAGGCUAUGGGAAAAACUUCAUAAAAUUACUUGAAGAAAGCUAUCUUUUAACUAUAUACAAAACCAAUAAGCUUAGAAAAAUCAUUUAACAACUGUUAUUGUCAUUAAAUCUGGCAAAAAAAUGAUUGAUUGUAAAAUCUACCUACUACAUGAAAAAAAUUUAAGGAACAUUGCAUAACCACAAAAGAAGACAGCUGUGCAGAUCCUUUACUGAGCUAUGCAGAAGAAGUACCUGCUUUCACACUGAGUUCUGGCAGGCAGAGUUCCCCUUCAUGUGGGAAGCAACCAUUGUGGCUUCUGUCAAGGCUGUAGAAGCACACUAUUAUUUGUGCUACACUGCCAAAACCAGUUAGCAGAAAUCUACAGAAAUCUCUUUAUCUACACUUACCUUCCUGUUUACAGAGAAUUGAGAGUAACAAGUUAGAGUAUACAGUCAUAGAAGUAGAGUUUGAGACAUUGGAAAUGACCGUAGAGCUGCUCUUUUCAAAUAGCCAGUGUGUUAGAACAAAAGUGGGCUUUUCCCCCAGGCACCCGAGACAGCCACAUACGAAGUGUGGUCCUUUAUUGAGAAAUGCAGCCAGGAAAAAAACUGUAAAAAGACAUUUGGGGGUGUUUAGGAAAAUACAACGAUGAGAAUAGGUAUUAGGUAAUGUCGUAUGAUUAUUUUUCUUAGAAUAGGAAAGCUUUUGAGUUUAUAUUUCCCUAUCAUGCAUGCAGAAGUUUUAAGUUGACAAGUCAUCCUGUCUGCGGGAUAUUUUAAAUUGAGACUGUAGGUUGAUCAAUGAUUGUUGAAUCUUCGUGGUGGAUACAGAGUUUCUCAUUGGUCACCCUUUAAACUUGUCUGUAUGUGUGCUUAAAUUUAAUAAAAAUUGAGGCAAAAAAUGA